AUGCUAGACGGGUACAAGGGCAGCUCGGGAUGGCUGUCGGGAUGGCUGCCUGAAGCUGCCUUGAUCGACCCGGAUGGCGUGCAAGCGUGCAAUGUCACAAUAUCUUACACUCAUCCCGGUCAUGAUGACCUAGUGUCUGUGCAAGUCUGGUUGCCACAUGCCGCCAAGUUUAACAAGCGCUUUGUGGGAGUCGGAGGAGGGAGCUGGUCAGCUGCAGAAAUCGUCACCGACCUGAGGUCAGCUCUCGUGUCGCAAGGCUAUGCAGUCGCCACCACAAACGCGGGCUACGAUCACGACGUCUUCGGUACCGCUGACCACUGGUUAAUGAAGAGCCCUGGAAACAUAGACUACCCUCUCAUUGUGAAUUUCGGUCACCGGGCUCUACACGACAUGGCGGUCAUCGUCAAGCAUAUCAUCCGCAAUGCUUACGGCUCGGGACCGGAGUUUUCUUAUUGGCAGGGUUGCUCAACUGGUGGAAGACAAGGGCUUACCAUUGCCUCCAAGUACCCGAACGACUACGACGGCAUCCUGACAACCUGUCCUGCUGUCAACUUCGCGGCUCUCCUGGUGGCCUUGUAUUGGCCACAAUUCGUCAUGAAUCAACAGGAAGUUUACCCACGAGCUUGCGAAUUCGAGGCGCUGAGGGCUGGGGCAUCACAAUCAUGUGAUGAACUCGAUGGUGUAAAGGAUGGCGUGAUUGCCAGACCGGACCUUUGCACUUUCGAUCCGAUGACCUUAGCUGGCACUUCCUUUGACUGCGAGGGACAUUCUGCCGUGAUCUCAGAAGAUACGGUGAAUGUUUUCAAGGCUAUUAUGGAGGGGCCAGUUGAUCCGGAGGGAAAUCGGCUUUUCCCAGGUUUCAUGCCUGGGACAGCCCUGGUUGGUCUCAUGGCCACUGCAAACACGCUCUGCAACAACGGCCAUUGCUCUCGCGGCCUACCAUUCACAGUCUCGGAUGACUGGAUUCGACUCAUGCUCAAGAAAGAUCCUUCUUUUGAUCCAACGAAGAUGUCGCACGCGGAUUAUGCUCAACUAUUUCGAGAAAGCGUGACAGAAUGGGACGCAAUGUUCAGCAGCAACAAUCCUGACAUGGAUCAGUUUCGGAAGCUCGGCAAGAAAAUGGUGAGCUGGCAUUCUGUAAAUGACGAAGCCGUGCAAGUUCUUGCCAUGAGACAGUUCUACGAAAGGGUAGUGGCCCGGGAUCAAGCACACAACAUCACCACCCAAGACUAUUAUCGGUACUUUGAGGUCCCGGGUGCAACGCAUUGCUCAGCUCCCGCUGGGGUUCCGUAUCCCCUCCAUGGGCUGAAGACCCUUCAGUCCUGGGUCGAAGAUGGAGCUGUCCCUGAGGAGCUACCUACUGUGGUUCUUGGCCAACAACCGAACGCCGAGCAAGUCCACCGACCGAUUUGUGCAUAUCCAAAGGCAGCGUUGAAGACGGAAACUGGGUUUUCUUGCAGUCAUCAGACAAAUGAACCCGAGGGACACAUUAAGGACGAGUUGUAA